AUGGCGUUCUUCACGUCUCUCCUCGCGACUCCGCGCAAGGCGUCGGGCAAGACGCUGCUCGAGCGGCUCGGCGGCGCCACCCAGCUCGAUGACCGGCGCGACGCGCUCGCUUCCUUCAAGGAACUGUCGGCGGAAGAGCCGCUCCGGCUCAUCGUCGAGGGCGGGAUCGGCCUCCUCGUGCGCCUGGCGGGCGACGAGGACGCACAGCUCGCCCGCGACGCGCUCGAGACGCUCUCCAACCUGUGCGACGUCGGC